AUGAAGGAAACAGUUGCUGUCGAUGUCCACCGAGUGGUUACCAAACUUCGAACUCUUUCCAUGGAUCGAGACAAUCAACCUGUGAUUGUUCGUCGUGGAGUUACCACCUCAUUGGUUUCAUUUCUCUCCCAACCCCAUUACCACGUGAAUGUUAAAGUCAUUGCUUGUGAGACUCUCAAGAUGUUAUCCUCCCAUCCCGAUAAUCCAGAACUGAUGGCAAAAGAGCCUUCUCUCGUGGAAUCUCUCAUCUCCAUGUACAAAUCUGAAGUGGAUAAGACGAAUGCUCUGUGUGUUUUGAUUCAAGAUAUUAUCAAUAAUUUGUAUGGAAAUCUCUCUCGGGAACAAUUGGAAAUGUUACCCAGUGAUUUACUCUCCUCUCAAGCUCCAGUGAAUGGCUCCAUUGCUUCAUCAGUGGCUGCUCUUGCAAACUCUUCCAAUAAUGGCAGUGCCUCUUCGGUGGAUGCCAAGAAAAAGAAGAAGAGAAAGAAGAGAAAUGUUGUUUUGCAAGUUGAUCAAUUGGUCAAUGAAAAGCAACGACAACGAUUAGAAGAGUUGAUUUUGCAAUUGAAAGGAACCAUCUCUUAUACCUUCAAUGUCCCAAAGAAGCAAGUAACCAUCUACACCAGAACUUCCACAGAGAAGAUUUUGGAAGAGCUCGCCAAGAACUCUUACAUGACCUCUGUCAUCUCGGACAGUAUUUGUGAGACUGAAUACAAUCAUCACUAUUCGUAUGAUAAGGAAAAUUACACACCUCAAUACUUGUCUUCAGAAAAGUCAAGUAGUAGCACCAACAACAACAACAACAACACUCAAAAGAGUAGCUACAUGCAAAGCUUGGUUGCUUGUGAAGAUAAUAGUUUGCAAGCAAGGAGGAAGAAGAAGGCUGGAACCUCCUCUCAGCAACAACAAUCCAAAGAGGAACAAGGCAAUGGAGUUUCUGGUUUCAUUAGUAAGAUUACAAGCGUUUUCUGGUAA